AUGGCCGUUCUGUACCUGUGGACGGUUACAGUCACCGAAUUGAUGUUGAUCCUACUUAGCAGCCUGUUAUAUAUUCCGUUCGUUCGCCUGGUGGCGGCCAGCUCACAAUUCCACCCGAAUCUCAUCCGAAUUUUUGUCUUUUUGAGCUCGUCAUUAGCGAUUCAUUCGUUGUCCCGAGCCAUUUUGAUGCUUUUCCAAUUUGAAAUCUUGCACAGAUAUGUAUCUCCAUUUAUCGAUUGUUUGCUUUUCUCGGCUUCUAUUGUCCGUGCAUUUUUGGGCUCGAUGGCAGCCCUUACGGUCCCGCUCAUCAUCAUCGAGAGGAUUUUUGCUACGUAUUACAUUUGGGACUACGAAGCGCAACCCCGGCUGUGGGUUUCGAAAUGGCUGAUCGGUUUCAUGACGUUCGUAUGUCUCGUCAUCGGGACGGGCUUUUUGAUAGAAUUCGCCAUCGACCCCAAGGCGUGCGUCUACGGAUUCGUCUCAAUCUUGGGGGUUGUGGCCGUGCUGUUACAAAUUGUCUACUGGCGGCUGUCCAGUCACACCGACAUGGUGUUGUCCGCCCUGUCGUCGAUGCUCUACGGCGAGCAGGGAUAUCUAUCCGUGCGCUACCAGGUUGAGGAGAAUAUUCGAGUAUUCCGGCUGAUGCGGCGCUUCGUGGUGGCCAACUCGCUGUCGAUGGUUGUCGGGAUGGUUAUCGCGUUUCUCUGCUUCUUUGCCCAGACGAACAGCCAGUGGUCGGAGAUUGUCAAAUGCUUUUUUGAGUUGUAUAUUGCUAUCUAUGUGCUGAACUUCGUCGGGAUUUGCGUCCGGACAGUGCCGGAAUGGCGUUGGCAAUACCGUAGCCGACUGAAUGGUUGUCUUCCGUAUUCUGCACUAUCUGGCCAUCACCGUGUCCGUCCCUCACAAAUCAUCGUCAUCCAGCCGUCAAUGGAGGCCAAAGUGUAUUUUGAGAUUUACAAUCGUUCGUGG